ACUCGUACGCUUCCCUCUUUUCGAUUUGAAAUUCCCAAUUCGUUUCCUCUCUUCGAAAUCGCAAAAAUGGCGGGCCGUGGAAAAACUCUCGGAUCUGGCGUUGCUAAGAAGUCGACGUCGAGGAGUAGCAAGGCCGGUCUCCAGUUCCCGGUGGGUCGUAUCGCUCGAUUUCUGAAGAACGGCAAGUACGCCGAACGUGUUGGUGCCGGAGCUCCGGUAUACUUGGCCGCCGUUCUCGAAUACCUCGCCGCAGAGGUUUUGGAAUUGGCUGGAAACGCAGCGAGGGAUAACAAGAAGACGAGAAUCGUGCCGCGUCACAUUCAAUUGGCGGUGAGAAACGACGAGGAACUGAGCAAGUUGCUUGGUGAUGUGACCAUUGCUAAUGGAGGUGUGAUGCCGAACAUUCACAAUCAUCUUCUUCCCAAGAAGGGUGGUGCUGCAUCUAAACCUUCCGGUGACGACGAUUAGAUCAGUUCUGUUUUGUUGGUUUGCAGCUGAUUAAAUGUGUAGCGUGAUUUAGAUUAAGCUUAGGUCUUGUUUUUGCUUUUUUUUUUUCUUUUAAUUUUGAUUUAUCAUUAGGCUACCGUGUAGAGUCCUUCUGUUUCAAAACUAAACUUUGAUCUUAAUGAAUGGAUGUUAUUAUUU